CAUGCUGAAACGUCAUCGUUUGAACGCAUCUGUCAUAUUUUUGUGAGACUGGAAAUGGUGAUGUGUAACAAAGCCGAAAUAAUUUUUUAUAUAUAACUUAAUUUAACAUAUUAUUUACAUUUUUGAACAAUGAACUAUAAUCCAAAUGAAGAUCUUCGGAACCGUAAGUGGGAAAACUCACUAAACAGUUUUGUUGAAUAGCAUGAUACGUUGGAACUAAAGAUUUAAAUAGUGUUUCUCAGCAAUACAUCGUUGCCUAUUACUAGUUUGAAUUACUAACAAAUUACUUUUGUUAAAAUGUCACAAUCAAGACCACGUCCAAAGAUGAAACGUGUGAGUGAUGUAAACGCAAUGGGCGCACCAACAAUGCAAAUGCCGAACCAAACGCCGUAUAUGCAGCCGGCACCAGGUCCUACAGUUUUAGAUCCCAUGAUGGGAGGCAAUAAUUUUGGUGUUAAUUCACAACCGGUUACUAGCAUAGGGGGCUUUUAUAACGAAAAUGUAAAUACAACAAAUCCAAAUUAUGGUUAUGUACCUCCAUCUACCACACAAAACUUUCCAACUAAUAUGCAAGGACCGCAAAUGCAAUAUAGUGGGGCACCUGGAAAUCAAGCUGCUGGUCAGUUUGCAAAUGCUAUGCCACAGUUUGCUGUUUUUCAACAACCAAUCGUGCAAGAUAUGGCAAUGCAAUAUGGCCAACGUUUAGCAGAUCAAGGAAAACAACUCGUAGAAAAUCAAUUUGAAAAAUGGAUACCAGUUGCAAAAUUAAAAUAUUAUUUCGCUGUGGAUAAUAAUUAUGUAAUAAAUAAAUUGCGAUUACUUUUUUUUCCAUUCACACAUAAAGAUUGGUCUCUUAAAUAUGAUCAAGAGAAUCCAGUACAGCCGCGUUAUGAUAUAAAUGCUCCUGAUUUAUAUAUACCAACUAUGGCUUAUAUUACAUAUGUAGUUGUGGCAGGACUUAUGUUGGGUAUGCAGAAAAGAUUCUCACCGGAACAGUUGGGCAUACAAGCAUCGAGCGCUUUAGCUUACAGUAUAUUUGAAUUGGUGGUCUAUUUAAUAACUCUUUAUGUGGUGAAUAUAAAAACAAAUUUGAGAACUCUUGAUUUACUGGCAUUUUCUGGAUACAAAUUUGCAACUAUAGUAUUGUGUUUGUUGGUCAGCACGAUAUUUAAUGGAUUUGGUUACUAUUUAGCAUUAGCUUACACAAGUUUAUCGUUAGGAUUCUUUUUGCUACGUACAUUAAAAACCAAAGUCCUGCAUGAGACAUCACCGGCAGAAGCCAGAGGAGCAAUUAAUUAUGAUCCAUAUGGAAAUUCGCAGCAAUUGGAAUAUUCGGGUGGACGUAAAAGAAAGUUGUACUUUCUUUUUCUUAUCGUAGGCGGUCAGGCAUUUUUAUCAUUUUUAUUAUCAAAACAUUUAUACUUCCCGGAUGCUGCAACUUUAGAAGCUAGAAAUGCUGUUUUUUAAUAGCUUUUUGUCUUGUUAGAAUAUUUUUUUUAUUAUAUUUUAUUAUAUUCGUAUGCUUUAAAUAUAAUGUUAAAUUUUAAUUUUUUUUACUCUUUGUGAAACUUAAAUAUCUAAAAAUUAGGACAUUGUGUGUGCAUAACUUGUUAUAAUAAUAACUUGUUUAUAAACGAUAUUAUUUGUAAAAUUUAAAAAUGAAAUGGUGAGAACAAAUCGAAGAUCUGACAAAGAAAAAUCAGUGAAAAUGUUAUAAAAUAGAUAAAAAUGUUAUCUGUAAUAAUACAUAUGUGAAUAAUAUUAUUUUUUUAAUAGCAAAUAAAAU